CGCCCCUGUAUAAACCGAGGGCAGAUUGGUCUCAGUUCUCUCUAUGCACCAUGGAGCGUUAUCUGUGCUCUUUGUUUUUGUUGGGGACCCUGGCCCUGCCCGAGACCUGGGCAGGCUCUCAUUCCCUGAGGUAUUACUACAUCGCCAUGACCUCGCCCGAGCUCGCGGAGCCGCGGUUUCUCGCCGUGGGCUACGUGGACGAUCAGCAGGGCGGGCGCUUCGACAGUGCCAGCGCGAAUCAGAGGGCGGAGCCGCGGGCGGCGUGGGUAGAGCAGGUGGAGCAGGAGGAGCCGGGCUACUGGGAGCGGAACACGCGGAUCGCCAGGGGGAACACACAGGCUUACCGAGUGUACCUGCAGACCCUGCGCGGCUACUUCAACCAGAGCGAAGGCGGGGUCCACACCAUCCAGGUCAUGUACGGCUGCGAGGUCUCACCGGACCUCACCUUCAAGCGGGGGUUUUACCAGUACGCCUACGACGGGCAAGACUACAUCGCUCUGGACAGGGAGACCUCCACGUGGACGGCGGCGGUGCCGCAGGCUGUGAACACCAAGCUGGAGUGGGAGGCGGACAGGGGCUACACUGAGAGAAAGAAAGCCUAUCUGCAGGAGGAGUGCGUGCUGUGGCUGAAGAAGUACCUGGAUAUGGGGAAGGAGACUCUGAAGAGGGCAGACCCGCCCUCAGUCCGAGUGACCCGCCACACUGGCCCCAACGGGGAGGUGGCCUUGCGGUGUCGAGCCCAGAACUUCUACCCCGAGGACAUCUCCCUGACUUGGCUGAGGGAUGGGGAGGAGCAGCUCCAGGACACGGAGUUCAUUGAGACCAGGCCUGCUGGGGACGGGACCUUCCAGAAGUGGGCAGGUGUGGACGUGACCUCGGGCCAGGAAGGGAAAUAUACCUGCCGAGUUCAGCACGAGGGACUGCCUGAGCCCCUCACCCUGAAGUGGGAGCCAGAGUCCUCAUCUACCCGGGUCAUCGUGGGGGCCAUUGCUGUCCUCAUCUUCAUCACUGCAGUCAUUGCUGGAGUUGUGAUCUGGAGGAAGAACACUUCAGGUGGAAAAGGAGGGAACUAUGUUCCUGCUGCAGGCAAUGACAGUGCACAGGGGUCACAUGUCUUCCCCACAGCCAAAGCUUGAGAGAAUUGCCCGGUAUGGGCCUGAGUAAUAAAACUAGUCUCCAGUGCCUGUGUUGAUCCUGGGCACCCCUGGCUUCUCUUCCCAGCAUUGGCCCCUGGGAUCCUCCCUGGACUCUACUGGGCCAAGCCCAGGGAAGUAUCAUUAGGCCCUCACCCUGUUCUCUAGGCCUCCCUCCCCAGCCUUUUUUCUUUCUGCCUGUCUCACUCUGCAGAGUGAGGCUCAGAGGGCUUUGGCAAUGAGCCCUCCUUCACACUGGAUGUUACACUGACCUCUGGGAUCUUUUUUCUGACUGCAAAAACAGCCUAAUUAUUAUUCUUGAAACUUCAGCUUUUCUCCACAAUCUCAGCUAAGCUUCACAUUUGGGUGGGGGAUUUUAGGGGACAGGAUGACAACGUGGAGAUGUUCUGGCCGUAUGAAGGGGAAAUAAAAGAAAAUUUGAAGAUG